GCGUGCCGUGCGUGAGCAUGCGUACCAUGGGUGAGCGUGCGCGGGCGCGUCGGCCGGCGAGGGAGCAGCAAACGGCCGGCGGCGGGCGGCGGGCGCCGCGCGGGGGCCGGGCGGGCGGCGCGGAGGCGGCGGGGGCCAUGGCUGAGGCGUCGCCGCAGCCGGGACGGUACUUCUGCCACUGCUGCUCGGUGGAGAUCGUGCCGCGCUUGCCGGAUUACAUCUGCCCGAGAUGUGAGUCUGGUUUUAUCGAAGAGCUUCCAGAAGAAACAAGGAAUACAGAAAACAGUUCCGCCCCCUCCACGGCCCCCACUGACCAAAGCCGGCAGCCAUUCGAGAAUGUGGACCAGCACCUGUUCACACUGCCCCAGGGCUACGGACAAUUUGCUUUCGGCAUCUUUGACGACAGCUUCGAGAUCCCCACGUUUCCUCCUGGGGCACAGGCCAGUGAUAGCAGGGACCCCGAGAGCCGACGGGAGAGAGAACACCAGUCUCGGCAUCGGUAUGGCGCCCGACAGCCCCGCGCCCGUCUCACCGCCCGGCGGGCCACCGGCCGGCACGAAGGCGUCCCCACGCUGGAAGGAAUCAUCCAGCAGCUGGUCAAUGGCAUCAUCACUCCGGCCACCAUCCCCAACCUGGGCCUGGGCCCCUGGGGCGUCCUGCACUCAAAUCCGAUGGACUACGCCUGGGGAGCCAAUGGUCUGGACGCCAUCAUCACACAGCUCCUCAAUCAGUUUGAGAACACCGGCCCCCCGCCUGCAGACAAGGAGAAGAUCCAGGCCCUCCCCACUGUCCCUGUCACUGAGGAGCACGUAGGCUCUGGCCUUGAAUGUCCUGUGUGCAAGGAUGACUACGCACUGGGCGAGAAUGUGAGGCAGCUGCCCUGCAACCACCUGUUCCAUGACGGCUGCAUUGUGCCGUGGCUAGAGCAGCAUGACAGCUGCCCUGUCUGUCGGAAGAGCCUCACGGGACAGAACACAGCCACCAACCCCCCGGGCCUGACAGGGGUGAGCUUCUCCUCCUCGUCCUCCUCGUCGUCCUCCAGCUCGCCCAGCAAUGAGAAUGCCUCAAGCAACUCCUGAGUCCCAGCUGGCCACCAGCCUCUGGAGAGCCCUUGGCCCCUUCUGUCUUCCCGGCUGAGGCUGCUGCGGAGAGCUUGGCUCCUUACACCUGCCUCGGCUCCGGCUCUGCUGUGGCAUGGACUGGAGGUGCUGCCGCCCGUGGUCCUGGCAGCACUGGGCCGGCGCAGGCCACAGCCAGGCUGGGGACUUGGCUCAGACCAUGUGCGCAGCCCCUGGAGGGACUUCUGUGCUCGCUUGCUGCCCUGCCCAAGGGCGCAGGCCACACGGCCCCAAUAGGCCCCUCCCUUCAUCUCUAACCUCACCCUCCACAUAUUCCAUGGCAGAAAGGUUUUUAUGAUUUUAAAUUAUUACUGCUUUGAAAUAAAUGGACGUUUUAGCCCAUGCGCGGCCACGCAUGAUCUGUGGAGGAGCCUGGGUAGAGCUGCUCCACCCCAACAGGCAAGGCCCCGUCCACCCCAGGGCCCCCCGAGGCCAGAGCCUCGGCCGCACAGCCAGCGCCAGCCUCGGACCAUGAUGGUGACCCGCAGAACCAGGAGGAAGCUGCUCCGACAGACCUUUUGUAAAGGGAGAGAUGUGUAUCUUGAAAGCUAUUUAAAAUACACCUACUUGAAAAGA